GGCCGCCCCGGCUGCGGUGCUCACGGCGCGGGCAGAGCAGGCAGACUCCCCGGGCCCUGCCCGGCCCUCCUGUCCUGCAGGAGCUUGGCCGCCCGGCCGCGGGCCCAGCUUCCUGCUGCUGCUGCUGCUGGCUCGGUGGUUGUCCAGUCCUGCCAGCCCCGGGCGCCGCGGAGCCAGGUUCCAGGUUGGAAACAGUCCGCCCCUCACCCAGGAGCCUGCUUCCAGGCCUCCGCCGGCCUCCCAGCGCCCACUGUGCUGCGGGCCGCCCAGGGCGGGGCCCGCCUGAGCCUGCUGGCGCCUGGUGUCCAGGCUGCCCGCGGGCGCGUUCCCGCUGAGUCCCGACUCAGACCCCGGAACACUGUCGUUCCGAAACAGCCACAGGUGCGUCGCGCUCCAGGAGCUUCUUCGGUUUUGCCUGGUUCGGUUCAUUGUUUCAGGGUGUUUGAGGGCCCGGGGGUCCUUAAACUCAUGCGGCUAAGCUAGCGCCUGAGUGGUAGGCGUGUCCCGGGGCAGGCGCUCUCCUUGCUGGGGUGCCUCCUGACUCGGGGGCGGGGCGAGGGCUCGGCAGGUGACCGCUCUGCAUCUUGCUCGCUCAGGCCGCUCUCACCCCAGCGCCCUCUCUUUCAGCUUCGUUCCAGUCACCAUGUUGGUCAGCGCGGUGUGGCCCCACGUGGCGAUGUCCUUCCGGCGCCUGGUCCGGGCCCUGGCCCCCUGCCGGCCGGCUCCCCAGGCGCGGCACAGCCGGAGCGCCUCCCUGCACUUGGCCCCGGCAUCCCAGCCCGACAGGAGCGCCCCGGUGUUCACCCGUGCCCUGGCCUUCGGAGACAGGACGGCGCUGGUGGACCGCCAUGGCCGCCACACCUACCGAGAGCUGUACCGGCGUAGCUGCCGCCUGGCCCGGGAACUGUGCGGGCUGCGUGCCUGCGCGGGUGGGGACCUUGGCGAGGAGAGGGUCGCCUUCCUGUGCUCCAACGAUGCCUCCUACGUGCUGGCCCAGUGGGCCGUGUGGAUGAGCGGGGGCGUGGCCGUGCCCCUGCCCCGCGGGCACCCGCCAGCCCAACUGGAGUACUUCCUCCAGGACUCGCGCAGCUCCGUGGUGCUCGCCGGCCUGGAGCACGUGGAGCUGCUGCGCCCCGUGGCCGGGAAGCUGGGUGUCCCGCUCCUGCCACUCACGCCCGAGGUCUGCGACGGGGCCGAGGAGCCUAGCGAGGGGGCCAUGCCCGAGCGGGACUGGCGGGACCGGGGCGCCAUGAUCAUCUACACCAGCGGGACCACGGGCAGGCCCAAAGGUGUCCUGAGUACCCAUCACAACAUCAGGGCUGUGGUGACCGGGCUGGUGCACAGAUGGGCCUGGACCAAGGAUGACGUCAUCCUGCACGUGCUCCCGCUGCACCACGUCCACGGCGUGGUCAACAAGCUGCUGUGCCCGCUCUGGGUGGGCGCCACCUGCGUGAUGCUGCCUGAGUUCAGCGCCCAGCAGGUUUGGGAAAAGCUCCUGAGCUCGGAAGCCCCGCGGGUGAACGUGUUCAUGGCGGUGCCCACCAUCUACUCCAAGCUGAUGGACUACCACGACAGGCACUUCGCCCAGCCGCACGUGCGGGACUUUGUCCGCGCCGUCUGCGAGGAGAACAUCAGGCUGAUGGUGUCGGGCUCGGCCGCCCUGCCCCUGCCGGUGCUGGAGCGGUGGCGGGCCCUCACGGGCCACACCCUGCUGGAGCGGUACGGCAUGACGGAGAUCGGCAUGGCCCUGUCCAACCCGCUGAGCCCCGCCGCCCGCCUGCCAGGAUCCGUGGGGACCCCGCUGCCUGGCGUCGAGGUGCGCAUCGUCUCGGAGCACCCGCAGAAGGACGGCGGCCCCUAUGUCCUCCACGCGGAAGGCAACGAGCAGGGGACCCAGGUGACCCCGGGGCUCAAGGAGAAGGAAGGGGAGCUCUUGGUCAGGGGACCCUCUGUGUUUCGGGAGUACUGGGACAAGCCGGAGGCCACCAAGGGCGCCUUCACCCCGGACGGCUGGUUCAAGACAGGUGACACGGCCGUGUUCAGGGACGGCGCCUACUGGAUCCGGGGCCGCACCUCCGUGGACAUCCUCAAGAGCGGCGGCUACAAGGUCAGCGCCCUGGAGGUGGAGCGGCUGCUGCUGGCACAUCCCAGCAUCACAGAUGUGGCCGUGAUCGGAGUUCCAGACAUGACGUGGGGGCAGCGAGUCACCGCCGUGCUGACCCUUCAGGAAGGACACACGCUGUCCCUCAGGGAGCUCAAGGAGUGGGCACGAGGGGUGCUGGCGCCGUACGCCGUGCCCGCGGAGCUGCUGCUGGUGGAGGAGAUCCCGCGGAACCCGAUGGGGAAGAUCAACAAGAAGGAUCUGCUCCGGCAAUUCUACCCAGAUGCCCAGGGCGCCCCCGCGGGCCCAGCCUAGAGCCCUGUGCCUGGACAGAGACCUGGGCGAGGCUCAGGCUACGUGGACGCCAGAACCUGGCCCCGGCAGCCCCAGGAGCCCGUCCUCCGCCCACACCGCUCUGCCCGUCGCCCUCCCCUGGGACGGAGCAGGUGUGUCCCUGCACUGUCCGCUGCCCCCGGAGUGAGGGUUUGCUCCCCAGAAAGCCGCCUCUUCAGGGGCGGCCCCCAUCCUCCUUCCUCGGAGCCCCCCAGCCUGUGUGGGCUGUGCUGGGCGCUGCACGGAGACCUGUGGCAGGACUCGGGCAGGGCGCGCAGGAAGGCCCAGCCACCACCCCCCAAGCUGGAGCCAGCAGUGCCCUCAUGUCGGGUAAGUCCUGGCUCAGGGCAGGGGUUGGGCUCCGUGGUGCCGGUGGCCAGGCAGGAGCCAAGGGCCCAUUUGGGGAACAGGGCCCGUAUCCACCUGCUGAGCUCGGGGUCGUGCCCAGGACAGUGCCCCUGGUGGCUGAGCGGGCGAGGGUGCCACUGGGUCUGCGCCGCGCCCAGAGACGGGGCCUUCCACGGCCGGGCUGAGAGCCCCGCUCCUGUGCACAUGGCCAGCAGCCACCUGCUCAAGGCCGGCUCUGCAGGGGUGCUGGGCGUGCGCAUGCCCAUGGGCAGGCGUGUGUGACGGGCUGGACUGCCAGGCAACAGGGCCGUGCCCCGAGAAACCCCAGGUCUCCGCGACUUAGGAAACUUCAGCUCCGUUUCACAUCAACUUUCUACGUGAGAGUAUUUUGAAGGACUCCAGCACUGAAGAGUAAAUUCAUGUAUUAGUUUUCAAAGAUUGGUUUAUUUAUGCAUGCGAGACCUGGGCUGCAGGCCAGAGGUGGGGGGUGGGAGACUCGCCAGAGCCAGAGCGGGGAGCAGAACAGGCAGACGGACCGAAGGACACUGCUGGGGGGAGCAGCGGGCGGCAGGAGAGGUCUGCGCGCCAUGUGGGACCCUCCUCCGGUGGCCGGGGAUCGAACUGGUGCUGCAGCGGCUGCGGACAGCUCCAUAGGUUGCGUCUUAACCCCUUGCGCUGCCGGGGAGGCCCAGCAAAGCAAAUUUAAAACUUUUAGUCCAUAAAGGAUCCUCUCCUGGGACCUCUCAUCUCCAGACCCCUUCCCCUCACUCUGCGCUGCCACACCCACCUCUGCCUGCUCCCCCUACAGCCCUGGGCCGGGCACCUCUCGUCCA